AUGGAUACCCCACGAUCCGCUGAGAUUAUUCCCAAGAACAUACAAAAGGUCCGAGAAUCGAAUCAUAACCUUACGAGUCAUACAAAUCAACACGAUACCUUGAUUAUGAAGACGCAGCACAGUGUGAUGGUAUCCUCACACAACCAAUGCAUGGAAUUGGCAUCAAUCACAGGAUUGGGGGGUUCAUGUAAAGGAGUCUAGGGUGUCCGGAUCCAAGCACAAUCUCCUCAACAUUUCGCGAGAACUUCGAGAUAUUAUUUACUCAUAUCUCCUAGUCAAUACAGUUCUGGGUCAGGCUGAUUCCGUCUUCGCAUCCCCCAUUAUUGGCAACACCCAAAUAUACAAUUUACAUGCCAACAUUCUUUACGCAUGUAAGCAAACAUACCAGGAAGGUAUCUCCACCUUAUACGGCAACCCCAUGUUUAUGUAUUGCAGCAAUAAUAUGGAUGUUUGCGUUUUUCUUGAUGUCGCUGGUGACAGAAAGAUUUUGCGUCAUCCAUACAGUUACCAAGAUGGAAUUUCGGAACCCCGCACCAUAAAUAUGUGUCCACUAACCCGAUAUACGUAUAGAAACUAUCAAACUAAGGGACAUGAAGAUACGUUAUCAUUUCGUAACACUCCGGGUAUUCAGAAUUUCAAGACCUGGAAUGUUCUCUUCGGUACUGCAGAGCAGGUGAUUACUAGUUCAGAUGCUUUCGCUGAGUUAUGUGUUUCAUUGCAUCCAUAUUCGGGAAUCUCGCUAAACAUAUCAAUUUUGCUACUGUGUGUCUAAUGUCGGCACGUCUUUUAGCCCUAAAAAUCAACGGGAAGAUUAGGACUUGACACGGGCAACGUAUUGGUCGGAAGUCUUUUACCUUUGCAAAUGCUUCGAAACGUGAGGAGCUUUGUUGUCAAGGCUGCUCAAGGUAAACAAAUUCCGGACUACUGCAACAACCCAAGAUUUGAGGUGGCUGCUGACCUGAUUGUACCUGAUCUGCCCUCGCCAGAGCUCAUUGAGGAGUACUCCAAACUCACUGGUGGAUCAGCACCGGUUAUUGAAUGCGUGGGUCUCUUAUGGAACCGGCUUGAGGAAUAUGCCAUGUGUUUCGAACAUGCUAAAUUAUCAGUGAGAGAGACAACUUAUGCUGGCCAUAGCCACCAACACGGUAUUAGAGUUCAUGACUUGUCGAAAAAUGAGGGUCAAUGGGAUCAUAGAGUGCAGGUCAUCGAAGGUGACUCUCUUCUAAUUGCAGAUGAACCAAACUUCUGACGCGCACAAGCAGUAGCUAAGGCCAGCAUUCAUCCAUCUCUUGACCACACUGAAUCCACCAAUGACGUCACCCGUUUCAAGGAAUACCGAGCCAAUCUUCUUGGAAUUCUUGAGCCCCAAUACCAACAAAUUCGAAGCUGUUCUCCCAAACUACAAGAGUAUUUAAAAGAGGAGAAUGGGUCGAGUGGAAUAUUCACAAGUGGGCCUUCCCAUGCUACUGACCAAGCCGAACAUUGGGACAGGAUGGCAAUAGGUAUCACACUGUUGGAGGAAUAUGAUUUUUCAUUUGUAAGAGAACUCACGGAGGAGCUACAGCUUGCCAUAAGAAAAGAGAACAAGUUCGUGGUACUGGAGUACGACACCACCCAUAUGACAGUGGUGAUGGAAAGGGUUACCUGGGCGUUCGAAAAGAGAAAAUGGAGGAAAAUCCUGGCUUUUUACAGGGAGGCUAUCAGGCUCUUGGAAGAGCAACAUUUCAAAUUGCGACGAUGUAGAAUGGAUUUAUUCAAGUGGGAUGUUUUAGGCGAAGAUUUGGUCGAGACACUCAGCUCGAUGCGUUGAAGAGAAUUCGUUGGCCAGAGCAAAGCUUGAAGGAAAAGUUGCGCGAUCAAAGGUAUGUGGGGCAUUAUGGAGGCAUUAUUAGUGGUGAAGAUAGCGAUGAGGAUUCCGACGACGAUGAAAAUGUCGACGAUGAUGGAGAUGACGAUGACAAUGAGGGUAUCAAUAACGAUAAUGAUGGUACCGAUAACGAUGGGGGUAUCGAUGAUGAUGGAAAUACGGACGAUGAUGAGGGCAUCGAUCAAAUUAGCCAAGACAUCGGUAUCUAGCUUCAAGCUUUUGCUUCCAUUGGUAAGCUGCGGAUACAUAAUCCUUACCCCUACUGCGACUCAAUCUGCUAACAUUUGAGCCCUGUUACUAGUAG